ACAUUCGUUUCAUGUGUGGCGGUGCCGCGCCGCGGUUCCUUUUCCGUUCCUCCCAUAUAUAUAUAUAUAGCGAGACCACAAUUGUUGGGCGUAGAGAAGGCAAUUUUUCAGUGUGUUUUUCCUGUAAAUCCUGAAGACUACUGAUAACUAUGGGAAAUGGUGACAAAUUUCGACCCUACAAGAAAACCAAGUUCUCCAAGGAGGAGUAUACGGCUUCAGCUGCUGCAGACUAUGAUUCCCACUUCAAUGAAGAUUUGGAUGAUGAUCUUCGCGAUGGUGAGGGGAAAAAGAGGGAUUUCACAAAGUUGGAACUUAAGCCCGAUCACGCAAAUCGCCCAUUGUGGGCCUGCGCAGAUGGUCGAAUUUUCCUUGAGACUUUCUCCGCACUGUAUAAACAGGCCUAUGAUUUCCUCAUUGCAAUUGCUGAACCCGUUUGCAGGCCGGAGUCAAUGCAUGAGUACAACUUGACCCCACAUUCUUUGUAUGCUGCCGUCUCAGUGGGACUAGAAACUGAGACCAUUGUUUCUGUUUUGAAUAAGUUAUCGAAGACCAAGCUUCCAAAAGAGAUGAUUGAUUUCAUCUAUAAUUCCACUGCUAAUUAUGGUAAAGUGAAGCUCGUGCUGAAGAAGAAUAGAUAUUUUAUUGAGUCCCCUUUUCCAGAGGUCUUAAAAACGUUGCUUAAGGAUGAAGUUAUAGGGCGAGCUAGAAUUUUCUCUGAGGGAAUUCAUGGGAAUGAUGGAUUUACAAUUGGCAAAUCUGCGGGUGAAAUAGAAGGUGCCCAUGAUGAGUUGCUAAAUGAAGCAGAGUUGGCUGCGGUAGCUGAAGAAAAAGAAACUCAUUCCUUUGAGAUUGACCCUUCUCAGGUUGAAAAUGUAAAACAACGUUGUUUACCUAAUGCUCUAAAUUAUCCCAUGCUGGAGGAGUAUGACUUCAGAAAUGACACUAUCAACCCUGAUUUGGAUAUGGAAUUGAAGCCUCAUGCACAACCACGUCCUUACCAAGAAAAGAGUCUUAGUAAGAUGUUUGGAAAUGGCAGAGCACGAUCGGGUAUCAUUGUGCUACCUUGUGGUGCAGGAAAGUCUUUAGUUGGUGUUUCUGCAGCCUCCAGAAUAAAAAAGAGUUGUCUUUGUUUGGCUACAAAUGCGGUGUCUGUGGAUCAGUGGGCUUUCCAGUUUAAGUUAUGGUCAACCAUUAAAGAGGAGCAAAUCUGUCGUUUCACAUCUGACAGCAAAGAAAGAUUCCGUGGCAAUGCUGGAGUGGUGGUGACAACAUAUAAUAUGAUUGCAUUUGGUGGUAAACGUUCUGAAGAAGCUGAAAAGAUAAUUGAAGACAUAAGGAAUCGGGAGUGGGGAUUGCUUCUCAUGGACGAGGUGCACGUGGUCCCUGCACACAUGUUUAGGAAGGUCAUCAGUCUCACAAAAUCUCACUGCAAACUUGGGCUAACUGCAACACUUGUGAGAGAGGAUGAAAGGAUUACAGAUUUGAACUUCCUUAUUGGCCCAAAGUUGUAUGAGGCAAACUGGUUGGAUUUAGUGAAAGGAGGGUUCAUUGCGAAUGUUCAGUGUGCAGAAGUCUGGUGUCCAAUGACAAAGGAGUUCUUUGCUGAAUAUCUGAAAAAAGAAAAUUCAAAAAAGAAACAGGCUCUGUAUGUGAUGAACCCUAAUAAAUUCAGGGCUUGUGAGUUUCUUAUCCGGUUCCAUGAACGGGAGCGGGGUGACAAAAUAAUUGUUUUUGCCGACAAUCUUUUUGCACUGACGGAGUAUGCUAUGAAACUUCGAAAACCUAUGAUUUAUGGUGCCACCAGCCAUCCUGAAAGAACUAAAAUUCUUGAAGCAUUCAAAACCAGCCGAGAUGUGAACACCAUUUUCCUCUCAAAGGUGGGUGAUAAUUCUAUAGAUAUUCCUGAGGCAAAUGUGAUAAUUCAGAUUUCAUCACAUGCUGGUUCAAGGCGUCAAGAGGCUCAACGGCUUGGGCGUAUUCUCAGGGCUAAGGGAAAGCAUCAGGACAGAAUGGCAGGAGGCAAGGAAGAAUACAAUGCAUUUUUUUACUCACUUGUAUCCACAGACACUCAGGAAAUGUAUUACUCUACCAAAAGGCAGCAGUUUUUGAUCGAUCAAGGUUAUAGUUUUAAGGUGAUCACGAGCCUGCCUCCUGAUGAUGCAGGACCUGAGUUGAGUUACCAUCGUCUUGAAGAUCAACUUGCCCUUCUUGGGAAGGUGCUUAGUGCGGGUGACGACGCAGUCGGCUUGGAGCAACUAGAAGAAGAUGCCGAUGACAUUGCUCUUCAGAAAGCCCGUCGCUCAGCUGGUUCCAUGAGUGCAAUGUCUGGAGCCAGCGGAAUGGUUUACAUGGAAUAUAGUACGGGGCAGAAAAAGCCACAUGGUCAGAUGAAGAGCAAACCUAAGGAUCCGAAUAAGAGACACCAUUUAUUCAAGAAACGGUUUGGUUGAUCAUCAUGGGAUGAUCCAUCGCCUUCUUGAGUAUGUGUGCUUCGCUGAUUUAACACUUGACUACAGAUGCUAUUCCAAAAUAAACCUUCAUCUUUUGUAAUAUUUCAAGUGCCCUUUUGUGUUAUACAAUUUGAAAUGCAAUGUACUUCAAGUUACAUACAUCAGUUUGUCCUUUCUCCUUUUGAUGAACUUCAGUUGCCCA